GGACGGGCCAGCUGUUUCACUUCACAGGCUAGCGCCGGGUCCUCGCCCCACGAGGGCUGUAACUCGAGCCGCUUCGUCGCCAACCCCCCUCCCACUCCGCCCCAACUCUGCGGCCCAAGUCCCUGCGUCUCGCUGCCCCUUGAGGCCCUGAUCCGACAGCAAGUCUGCCAUGGGCUGCCCAGCCUGCGUCCAUCUGGAGGUAUCGGGUGCUGUACAACAGGGCCGCUGGUUCGGGGCUGUCCUGAGCGGGUUGUGCUUUCUCUCCGCGCUGGUGUUGCUGGAGUGGCCACGGGCACCGGCAGAGACCGCCUGGAGUGCAGCGAGAAAUGUAGACGCACCAGACCCUUCAGGGGUCUCCACUGUCCAGGUCCCCAGCUCGUUGACCAUACCGGUACCCCGAAGACGCCGGUACACGCUAACACCGGCCAGACUGCGCUGGAACCACUUCAACCUCACCUACAGGAUUCUCUCCUUUCCCCGGAACCUUUUAAACCCGGAGGAGACCAGGAAGGGCCUGGCUGCCGCCUUUCGCAUGUGGAGCGAAGUUUCCCCGUUCCGCUUCCGUGAAGUGGCCCCCGAGCAUCCCAGCGACCUCCAGAUAGGUUUCUACCCGGUCAACCACACCGACUGCUUGGUCUCUGCCCUGCACCACUGCUUUGAUGGCCCCACAGGUGAACUGGCCCACGCUUUCUUCCCACCCCACGGGGGCAUCCACUUUGAUGACAGCGAGUAUUGGGUCUUGGGCCCCACGCGCUACAGCUGGAAGAAAGGCGUAUGGCUCACAGACCUGGUGCAUGUGGCGGCACACGAGAUUGGCCAUGCGCUGGGACUGAUGCACUCACAGCAAGAGCAGGCGCUCAUGCACAUCAACGCCACCUUGAGGGGCUGGAAGGCACUGUCCCAGGAUGAGCUGUGGGGAUUACACCGACUCUACGGCUGCCUGGACCGGCUCUUUGGGUGUACAUCCUGGGCACGAAAGGGAUUCUGCGAUACCCAUCAGAGGCUCAUGAAGAGGCUCUGCCCCAGAAGCUGUGACUUCUGCUAUGAAUUCCCAUUCCCCACUGUGGCUGCCACCACACCACCCACCAGAAUGAAAACGAGAUUGGUCAAAGAGGGCAGGAACAUGACCUUCCACUGCGGGCAGAAGAUCCUACGCAAGAAGGGCAAAGUAUACUGGUACAAGGACCAGGAGCCCCUGGAGUUCUCCUACCCCGGCUACCUGGCCCUGGGCGAGGCACAGCUGAGCAUCAUUGCCAACGCAGUCAACGAAGGCACCUACACUUGUGUGGUACGCCGGCACCAGCGUGUGCUCACCACCUACUCCUGGCGCGUGCGACUGAGGAGCUGAGCCUGCUAACAGCCAGCAGAUAAAGCACUUUCUCU